CAGAUUGGAUGUGUGUGCCGAUGUGUGUGCCUGUGUGUGUGUGUGUAUGUGUGGAGCAGUUACCUCCAUAGUGAGAGUGUCGCUAACCACUGGACUGUGAAACGUGAAGUAAAAGGACAUCCUCAGGAGGACCUCGCUGUCGAGAAGUUGAAGAUUAAGAUUGUUUUGUUUUUGUUUUAAUCUCCCUCGGCACAGGUUGAAGCGGUGCAGCCGGUCCAGAAGCGAGCAGUAUGCAUUCAGACUGCAGGCUGCUAUGGGCACAGCGGUAAUGGUGGGCAGGGGACCGACAGGGGCCGGGGUUCUCGUCCUGUCGAUUCUCAUCGUUCUCACCACGGAAAGCUGUCGAGCGCAGAAAGGUGAUGGCUGUGGUCCCAGUUUGCUUGGCCCCAGCAGUGGGACUCUGUCCUCUCUGGGUUAUCCGGGGACAUACCCCAACAACACGGUGUGUGAGUGGGAGAUCAGCGUGCCCCGCGGUCACAGGAUCCACUUUCGCUUUGCUGAGCUGGACAUCGAAAACAGCGACUGCCAGGUCAACUACCUCCGCCUCUACAACGGCAUCGGACCUGAGAGGAGUGAGAUUGUGAAGUACUGCGGUUUGGGUCUGAAGGUUAAAGAGCUGAUCGAGUCCACUGGCAACCAGGUCACUGUCCAGUUCAUGAGUGGGACCCACCACACUGGACGUGGAUUCUACCUGUCUUACUCCACCACUGAACACACAGAUCUAAUCACCUGCCUGGACAAAGGAUCUGAUUUCCCAGAGGCAGAAUUCAGUAAAUACUGUCCAGCAGGCUGCUUGACAUCUACGGAGGAGAUUUCUGGAACUAUGCCAAAUGGAUACAGAGAGUCCUCUCCUCUGUGUGUGGCAGCCAUCCAUGCAGGUGUGGUGUCCAAUGCUGUGGGAGGGAGAAUCAACGUGGUCAGCAGCAAAGGCAUUCCUCAUUACGAGGGCACACUGGCAAACAAUGUCACUUCCACUGGAGGAACUUUGUCAAACAGCCUCUUCACCUUCAAGACCAAUGGCUGCUAUGGGACGCUGGGAUUAGAGUCUGGUGGCGUCGCAGACACUCAGCUCUCUGCUUCAUCUUUGUGGGAGUGGAACAACAUGGGUCAGCACAGCGAGUGGGUGCCAUCAGGGGCACGCUUGAAAAAGGCGGGGCUGCCCUGGUCGCCUUCUCAGAGUGACCACCAUCAGUGGCUGCAGGUCGACCUCAAGAGGGAGAAGAGAAUCACAGGCAUCACCACCACAGGCACUACCCUGAGAGAGUAUCAGUACUAUGUUUCAGCAUACCGGGUCCUGUACAGUAAUGAUGGCCAGCAGUGGUACAUCUACAGGGAAGCAAAUUCUACACAAGACAAGAUUUUCCAAGGCAAUACCAACUACCUUCAUGAGGUGAGGAAUAACUUCAUUCCUCCAAUCGAGGCCCGGUUUGUGAGGAUAAAUCCCACCUCAUGGCACCAGAGAAUCGCUCUCAAGUUGGAGCUGGUUGGCUGCCAGAUUACUACAGUGAGGCCGAGGACAGACCCAAAGCCAGGGCCGAGGAUGUUACCCCCCUCCCGUCAUACUCCACCUCCUGCGGGUACAAGACGCCCACCUUACGUUGGCCAAACCACACACACCCCAGACAUAAGAAACACCACUAUGCCUCCCCACACCAGCAAAGAUGCGGCGCUAGCAGCUGUUCUGGUUCCCGUGUUGGUCAUGGUUCUGACUGCUCUCAUCUUGACUGUGGUUUGUGCUUGGCACUGGAGGAGCAGGAAAAAGAGCUCUGAGGGAACAUAUGAUCUUCCUCACUGGGAUCGCACAGACUGGUGGAAGAGCAUGAAGCAGCUGCUGCCAUCCAAGAUGGUGGAGACUGAGGAUUCAGUUCGGUACAGCAGCAGUGAGGUGGGCCGGCUAACGGGGAGAGGCGCUGUACCAAGACUACAUGCUGAACCUGCAGAGUAUGCCCAGCCGCUGGUGAGUGGUGUUACGACAUUAGGCGCACGUUCUACCUUUAAACCAGACGAGGGGCCGGACCCAGGAUACUCAGAUCCAGACCUGUAUGAUGCUCCCAUCUCACCAGACGUAUACCACGCCUACGCGGAACCCCUGCCAGCUUCGGGAUCUGAAUAUGCUACGCCCAUUGUGGUUGAUAUGGGUUGCCACCCAUCAGGGGGCUCCUCUUUGAACCAGGCCACCACUGUGUGUAGUUUCAUGGGUGCCGGGCCCGCCUCCCUGCUCACACAGACAGACAGUGGCCAGUCGGGGAGGUCGGCGUACGAUACACCGAAGAAUGCCACUGGACAGGUCACACCCACUGAGGAUCUGACUUACCAGGUCCCUCAGAGUUGCACUCAGAAGCCAACGGGACAGAGCUGAAGAGUUAGGGAUGCACAUGGUCUUGAUCUGCCCCUCACUGCUCAGCACAACCAACUGGACAAAGAUGGAGGGUUGUUAAAGGGUGAGGAGGUGUGAACCUGCAAGCCCUGGAGCCCGGGCUCGAGUCUUGAAUGAACACUACCUUAGCUUUAGAUUCAUCUGGAGAUGUCUGUAUUGCCUAAUUGUUUCUGCAUGGCCACAGUCUGCUUGUGUAGUGCCAUUACAGUCCUAUCACUGAAACCACAAAGACGAAUGUGCUUGUGCCAGGUGUGAGAGUCAAAGGGAUGAAAAGGAGAAAGCUGACUACUAUUUGAUAAAGCCUUUGUCCCUGUUUUGUGAUUCUUCGUAGUUCUUGCGUUCUGUGAAACUGUGAUUUCCAUUAUUACAUUAUUGUUCUGUUAUACACUAAACCAGGUUCAACUGAAAUGUGCCUCAUGAUUUACUUUAAUCAAAUCUAAAGGUUCUCUUAGUGAAUUACUUGCAUGUUGCAUUAAGUAGCCCACAUUUGACAUCAAAGAAUUCUUGUCUAGAGAAACUCUAGUUUUCAUGGUACGUUUUGUCUUACUUUGUUUAAAAGCAUGACUUGAAAUUGUGUAUAGUUCUGAUAAUUCCAUUAAUGCAAACCUUUUAAAACUCUCAAGUGAUUUACUGAUAUUUAUUUUUAUUUCACAUCCUGCUGAUAAGGAGAGACUCUUAUUAAAAAAACACCCCACCACUACCCUCACUGACUACAGAUUAAGAAAAAUGUGGUUGCACUGUUGUAGACACCUUACUGACAAUGAGUGUCAGUUUUUUUGUUUUUUUUUUAAAACCCUGUCAGAGAUGCGUGUUAACUUGAAGAGGCUGAUUGGGAGAAUCGAUCCAACGAACUUCCCAAAAAGAAAAUACUUUUUGUAGUAUUGGAGACCAAAUGUUGCCUUUUCUGUGUUUAUGCAAUGUUGAUUCACAACAGAUUCAGCUUUGACAUUCGUGCCAACAUCACAAAUUUAGCCAAAUAAACAUUAAAGCAGUCUUAACGUAGGGGGAAAAAAAACUGUUUUAAAGACCUUUUUAGGGGAAUUUCUCUUAAAAAGGUACAGAGAGAAGAGGUAGAUGGGUAAAUCUGUUACAGCUGAUAAUCCAUAGAGUUUCCUGUGUGUGUGUGUGUGUUUAUUUCUGCAUCAUGGUGAUUGUCUGAAAUGGGUGUUUGAUCUGUCCUAAUGUAUUUGGGUGUGACUUGUUCCUUCCUAUGUAACUAUAACUAUGUGCAUCAACAUCUGUAUGUGUGGUUAGCUGUGUCCAUAUUUCAGUCCUGUGUGUUUUUUUUUUGUUUUAUGGACUGGUGCUGAUGUGGCUUUUAGCUGUAGUAGAACGUGUUCAGCCAGUCAUUGUCCGUAGCACCAGUAGACUGCAUUCCUCUCUUGUCCACCUGCGGUACUGACCCGACCAAACACAACGUGGCGGGAGUGUAGAUAUGAAAAAAAACGGAACAAGCUCCUCUAUGACUUUCCAGAGCAGCAAGCUCCCCUAAGGGAAGGUGUUGUUCACACAGCCGUGCCACCAGUCCUGCUUUGAUUAUGCUCAAUAACCAAGGCAGUCAAUAUACAGAGUUUUGGUGCUCCCUGGUCACAGAGGGGUUCUGUUUAUGUGGCUCUCACUGAUUGUAUAUAGAGAAAUAAAGAGUUUUUAAAAGAAAAUGUUUUAUUACAAUUUUCAGCUGUCGCCAAAAUAGACACCUUACAUAUGGUUGCAGUUUGUAUGUUUCUACAUAUACAUGUUUCUGACAUGUACCGACUUUACAUUAAAUACAGUUAGAUGAUAAAGCAUUUUUUUUCCUUCAACGAUGGCCAUACUCACACUUCAGGGGAAAAGGAAUCUAAAUUAAAUUAUUGUUUUUGUUUUUGUUUAAUGAAAGCAUUGUUCUGUGAUUAUUUCCUUCAUGACUGCAGAACAGCAUGUUAGAACUGCCACUUUGAGCAUUUUGCUUAAAGCUCCCCAGUGCCCUCACAGAGCUGCUAGCAUAGCUUUAGGUUUUUUUGUUUUUUUAAAUAGCAUUUUAAGCACCUAUGGUCCCAUAUAACACUGACAUAGAAACAAUACUAGCAGCUCUGGGUAACCUUACUGCUGCUGUGAUUAAAAACUCAUUCAGUUUUAAGCAGUAGCUUUACAUGGUUUGUCUGAUAGCUGGUGUCCUGUAUCCUACAUCACACUUGUUGAAGUUUGUCCACU